AUGGUCACUUUCACCAACUUCAUCCUCGCGGCUCUCGCCGGUUAUGUCGCCGCUCACCCUGGUGAGGAGCACGACGCGCACCAGAUGAAGCGCGAGCUCGUAGCUCGUGACAAUGCCGCCCAACUCGGAGCUCGAUCCCUAGCUUCGUGCUCGAACUCUGCUUCAGCCCAAGCCCUGAAGUCACGAUCGAUCAAGCGCCGUGCCAAUGCCGUCAAGAACAUUAGACAGAAGCGUGGUAUCCAAGCUCCCGCAAGGAAAGACAAACGCACACUCGAAGAUCUCCAGGCAUGGGAAGCGGUCAACCACAAUAUGACGGGAACCUACAGCUACGACAUGUUCACCUCGCUCGAGGAUGUCUUCAGCGGAAAUACGAGCUGCAUCCUAGCCCCUGAAGUCACCGACGGCCCGUACUACGUGGUCGGCGAGAAGAUGAGGUCUAACGUCAAAGAAGCACUAUACAGCGACGGUGUCGACCUAUUCUUAGAAAUCCAGUACAUCGACGUCAACACCUGCGAGCCUAUCCCCGCCGUCGCGGUCGACAUCUGGAACUGUAACGCCACCGGCGUCUACAGCGGUAUAUCGACUAACGGAAACUACGCCUCGGGAGGCUAUAACUCUACUUAUCUCCGCGGUAUCCAAUUAACGGACAGCGACGGCGUGGUUAGCUUCGAGACCAUCUUCCCGGGCCACUACGACGGGCGCGCCGUCCACACGCAUCUGUUGUCUCACCAAAACGCCCAAGUUAUGCCGAACGGCACUAUUUCCGUAUGGAACUCGCCGGUUAGCCACAUCGGCCAGCUCUUCUGGCCCGAGAACCUGCGCGCCGAGGUCGAGGCGACGUACCCGUAUAACCAGAACACGGUGGCGCUUACGACCAACGACGAGGACAUGUGGUCGAUCGUUGCGGCCGACGAGGCGUUCGACCCUAUCCCGCAGUACGUCUACCUCGGCGACGAUAUCUCGGAUGGGCUCUUCGCCUGGAUCCAGAUUGGUGUUAAUGCAUCGGCUGACUACACCGAGAACGAGUACUAUGGAGUUGCUGCCUAUCUUGAUGCUGAGGGCGGCCAUUCGACGGGUUAUACUGUCGGCGGUGGUAACGGAACCGGAAAUGGGACGGCCCCCAGUGGAGUUCCUAGCGGCUCCUUCAGCAGCGCUCUUCCUUCAAGCUCAAGUGUGUAA